CCAGGGCUCCCUGAUUGAACCAGGUUAACAGCCCCAAUCAGGGAACUCCUAUUCUGUGCAGUCCACCUGGCUGACCUUGUUACAAUCAUUACAGUAACGCUGGGUAUUCUGCUGAUCCAGGGGCUUGGUGUUUUUUGUGUAGUGACUCUGUGAUGACCGAGUCUAACCUGGGAGCCCUGACCAGCAGUGCUGCAGUGUCGGGCAGAGCAUGAAUUCAGUAACCGUGCCUGCUAUAUAUUUACCGGAGCAUAGGAAUAGGCUGUGGGAACACUGUGGUGUAGCUUACCAUCACUGUAAUUGAAUUUUAAACAGAAAUACAACCUAAUUUAACCUAGACUGGUAUUGAAUGUGCCACAUGGCUAGAGCCUAUUUGCUGAUUCCACCUGACCAGUCUGACCCUCUCUGAAACCAUUCAACAUUCUUUUCGCACUCCUGUCCUUAUCCCUAUUCUCCUUUUUUUAAAGCACCACCAAGUAGUGCCCCGGUCUCCCCACUGUCUGGAUGAAGAUAUUUCUCCUGAAUUUCCAUUUAGAUUUGUUAGUGACUCCCUGUCUCAUUUUGAAUGCCCAUGGUUUCAGAUUCUCCCAGAAAUGGAAACGUCAUCUCUAGGUCUGCACCCCCCCACCACCUCGUGGAAACAUCUUCUCUACAUCUCCUCCCAUGGAAACAUCUUCUCUACGUUCCCCAUCCCCCUCGCCCCCACCAUGGAAACAUCUCCUCUAUGAUUUCCCCACACCCACCCCACACUAUGGAAACAACUUCUCUGCAUCUCCCCACACCCUUACUGUGAACACUUCUGAGUGACCCCUUGCCUUUUCCGAAAGGGGAAGUGUGCACCAGUCUGUCCAAAACAGCCCAAGGAUGUCACUUUCUGUUUGGUGUACUGUACCAUCAGACUACAGACGGUCCUCAGUAUCAGCCUGUAGUCCUGUUGAUGGUUAGACAGUUUGUGCACCAGGCUGUCCCGGUGAAUGGGGAGGGGUGGCGGUGGUGGUGGUGUCUAGGUGGGACAGGGGGUUCACUGGAGGACAUUGGAAGGAGCACGGCUCCCAGUUGGUGCCCUGGUGUUGAUGUUGCCUGUGGAUUGAUGAGCAGCUGGAAGACAACCGAGUGGAGUGCGUGCUCAGUGACGUGUGGGAGAGGGCAGCAGACCAGGUCCGUGUUCUGUACCUUGUCGAAGCCGGGUCAAGGGGAGAUGGUUCGGGAUGACUCAGAGUGUGCUGCAGUGACAGCGAAGCCCCUCACACACCAGGCCUGCAACCUGCUGCAGUGUGCCAGCUGGAGGACCACUGACUGGACUGAGUGUUCGGUAUCAUGUGGUGAGGGUGUCCAGAUUAGGUCAGUCUCCUGCGUCAUGGAGUCGGGCAGCCAGCUUCCAGACUUUGCCUGCCUGGCUCAGACGAAGCCGUCCGUGGUCCGAGCUUGUCUUCUCAAAUCCUGCACAGAUGUCUUCUCAUGGUACAUUGGGGCUUGGAGCACGUGUUCAGUCACAUGUGGAGAGGGUACUCAGAGCAGGCCGGUGUCCUGUAUGUCCCACUCAGGUGGUAAAGUGCCAGACUUUGCGUGCUCUGCUCAGAUGAAGCCCUCAUCCACCCAGCCCUGUGUCCGGGAUAACUGCAGCAAGUUCUUCUCUUGGCACGUGGGUGCCUGGGGUCUG